AUGGAGCUCGGCCUCGCCUCCUCCCGCGGCCCGGCCGGCCCCUCGCUCGCCGUCGCCGGGCGGCGGCCGCGGUCCUCGCUCUCGCCGCCGCUGCCCCGUCCCCUUUCGCUUCAGGUACAGACUCGCGGUUACUCGAUGCCUACUCUCCACUACAAGGACCAUACCACAGUAGGAUGCCAGGCUUCUGUAGCAACUAAAUACAUGGAAACAGAUGAUACAGUCGAUCUGGACUGGGAAAACCUUGGCUUUGGCCUUGUCGAUACCGACUUUAUGUACAUGGCCAAAUGCGGGCCAGAUGGAAACUUUUCCAAAGGAGAAAUCCUGCCUUUUGGACCCAUAGCACUAAGCCCCUCUGCUGGAGUCUUAAAUUAUGGACAGGGACUGUUUGAAGGCCUAAAAGCAUAUAGGAAAACUGAUGGGUCUGUCCUAUUGUUCCGUCCGGAGGAGAAUGCCAUUAGGAUGAAAAAUGGUUCAGAUAGGAUGUGCAUGCCUGCACCAAGUGUUGAGCAAUUUGUGGAUGCAGUGAAGCAAACUGUUCUGGCAAAUAAAAGAUGGGUGCCUCCUACCGGUAAAGGUUCCUUGUAUAUCAGGCCACUACUUAUUGGAAGCGGGGCUAUUCUUGGUCUUGCACCUGCUCCUGAGUACACCUUCCUUAUUUAUGUCUCCCCUGUUGGAAAUUAUUUCAAGGAAGGUUUAGCUCCUAUUAACUUGAUUAUUGAAGAUAACUUUCACCGUGCGGCCCCUGGUGGAACUGGAGGCGUGAAAACCAUUGGAAACUAUGCCUCGGUGUUGAAAGCACAGAGAACUGCAAAGGACAAAGGAUAUUCUGAUGUCCUCUAUUUGGAUGCCGUUCACAACAAAUAUCUGGAAGAAGUUUCUUCAUGCAAUAUUUUCGUUGUGAAAGGCAAUGCUAUUUCCACUCCAGCAAUAGAAGGAACGAUAUUGCCUGGUAUCACAAGGAAAAGUAUCAUCGAAGUUGCCGAGAGCAAAGGCUACAAGGUGGAGGAACGCCAUGUGUCCGUAGACGAACUGCUUGAUGCAGACGAAGUUUUCUGCACAGGAACUGCUGUUGUGGUUUCACCCGUGGGGAGCAUUACCUAUAAGGGGAAAAGGGUAGAAUACGAUGGCAACCAAGGAGUCGGCGUGGUGUCACAGCAGCUUUACACCUCGCUGACGAGCCUCCAGAUGGGCCACACAGAGGAUCGGAUGGGCUGGACCGUUCAACUGAAUUAA